CCUACUCCUAACCACUUGAUACAUACAACCACCAAUCCAUCGAGCCUGACCAUGGCGACCGUAGCCCUGCCCUUUCUCAAGCUAACCCUGACGCCAAACUUCAGCAUAUUGUCAGGUGCGGCCGACAGCCUCUCCGCGACCCUGACCCUGCAGAAUCCCAGAGUCGUCGCCGGCGGCGUCCUGUUCGUCUUCGACCAGAUCGCGGGCAGGGAUGUUUCGCCCUCGGUCCACAGCGCAGAGUCCGGACUGGCCGCCUCGGACGACGACGGCGACCUGGUCCUACGAGUCGUACAGGUGGACGGCAGCGCCCGACACUUGUAUGCCACCCGCCACACGGCCGGCGACGUCAUUCUGAAGCUGCAUGUCAUCCCCCUUAUCGGUUGCGAGACGCGGGCAGCUGGUGUUCAGCCGGGUUUGCGGAUGGAUCACGGGGGCUUGAUGGGGGUCGGGCGGUCGUUUCUUCCUCGCCCGCCUGACAUCGGUAUUACCCAGUAUCGCAAUGUCGUGGAGUGGGAUCUCUCAGAUGCCCCAGCAGGGACCCGGGCCAUCUGGAGUUUUGGAGAGGGGCCCGGACCGAUCGUCAGGGAUGGUCCCGCUUCGGUGCUCUUGGACUCGGUGUACAUGGUCGGGCCGGUCCAGAGUCAUCCCCCAGAGCCGGUCGUUGACCCCGGUGCAAGCUUCUGUGGCACAUAUUGGUUUGGCGAGUUGCCCCCGAACCUCGAUGCCCUGAAGGAUUUCAGCAGCGAAAUGUUUCCGCGGAUGUCGGCCCACUUCAGGGACGUGACGGGCAGCUAUCGCCUCUUUCUUCGGAAGGUGCAGGGCUGCCUGGCAGGCCUCACCUGCGCGGGCAGCAGUGUGGUCGACUACGCCGAAGACACGAAGACGGAGACCGACUGGGACUUGGUGCGGCUGCUCAACCACCACAUGGUGCGAAGCUGGAUAGGGCUCGACCCAGAAGACGAUGGCUUCGACAAUGAUUGGUUCUCCCGAGGCUGGGCACAGAUCUACUCUGUCUUUCUCCCCUUCCGAUUCGGCCAGCGCACCCCAGACUACUUCAGAGCCACCAUCAACGCCUUCCUCACGGCCUACUACACCAAUCCCCGCAAGACCAUCUCCCUCCGCGACACCGAAACCAUCAGCUCCGACUGGUACGCCCGACAGAUCCCCGACAUGAGGGGUUGCAUCUACAUGCUGAAGAUGGAUUUCUUCACACGACGAGCCUCAAAGGCACGUGGGGACAACGUGAUGCGCCCCAUCGACGGGGUCCUCGCAGAGAUCUCGGUCAACAGAAGACAGGGGCAGAGGGUCCAGACCAGGCACUGGCUGCAGUACCUCGCACACUGGCUAGGCCCGGAGGCGGCGGAGAAGUAUUUCGAGGACUUCAUGGACGGGACAGGCGAGAUCCUGGAGAUGGGUGAUUUGACGGCCAGUUUUGGCGACAAGGACUCGCCGGUGGCUGUUGAGCAGGAGGUUCUGGAUCUGGGCAUGGACCCGGAGAGUUUCGACACCAGGGUCGUUUCUGGGUUGGUGCCGGGCUCUAGGGCCGAGCUCGCUGGGCUGCAGAACGGGGAUAAGAUUCUUUGGAAUUCUCGACUUGGGGCUUGCGUUACCAAUUUCGACAGGAAGUUGACGAUUGCGGUUGAGCGAGGGGAGAGGGAAGCUGAGAUCGAGUAUUGGCCUAGAGCUUGGACGAAGGCGCCGAGCUGGCAGGUCAUGAGGAUUGCUGGUGGCGAUUGAGAAGGGACAUGUUAAGUCUCUACUAACUUGCGUUCUUAGGCUGCUGGCCCCUUGGAUAUAUACCUGUGCAGGCAACUCUCAGGAAGCAUGUGUCAUUUUUACUACUAUUUCGCGAUUGUCAGGCGUCUAACUCCUUUCUUUCAAGCAGGAUGGUAUCUGUCUAGAUUCUAAUUAACAAAACGACGAGUAAAAUGCAUGGCAGGGAGGGAUAGUCAGCCGAAGAAAUCAAGAUGAAGACUGCCUUGACAAUGCCUG